GAAAAGUGAUGUGCUUGAGCACAGACUGGGCAUGCUGAUUUGCUCUUUUUGGUGUUUGAAAGGUUUUUACCCAAGUCUGGGGGACACAAAUUGUCAACCUUUUAAAAAUUAAGUAUAAGGACCUGGAAAAACAUCAAGUUGCAAUAUAAUAUAAUAUAACAUCAAGCAUCACAUGCAUCACACCUCACACCUCACAUCACACACAACAUAUCACAUCACACACAACAUAACAUAACAUAUUUGAAUCCAUCCAUUAUUUCUUUUCGAAAUUUCAGCUCUCAUGGCUAGAAGAAUGACAUCUUUGCUAUGACUUUUUUUUUUUUUUUUGUUGUUGUUGUUGUUGACUACAGGAAUUCAGGAAUUUGUCAGUCUAUUUCUUCUUUCACCAAGUCAUCCCAUGACCUUAAGUCAAACUGCUGCAGUGUGUAAUAGUUGAAGAAAAAAUUUCGAUUUAACCUACCUUUUGAGGGUUGUUAAUCAGUUACUAUGUGACUUUACUAUACUAGACAUUUCUGUCUCUAGUUUUUAAUAAUUUCACUUGUCUGAUGACUGUUGACCUAUUUUUCCCUCUGUCUUGCCAUCCUUGAGAUUUAGCAAUCCCCGUUCUGAAGACAGCUUAGUGAGUAGUGCAAGUUAAAUGAGAGUGGUUCUGCACACCAAGAUGGUUGAUAAAACAUUGAUGUCUCCACUGUAUGUUUUUUGGGGAGAAUUUGCUUUGGGCCAUGGUUUUAUCGUGGGUACUGAGCACUUGGAAGCAGUGAGAGUGUAUAUUUUGAUUUAAUUUGCUCCUAAGAGGCUCUGCCUCCUGCAUCUUGAGAGCGCUUCAUAGUGUGAACAAAGGUAACAACUGAGGAGCAGUUUGAAGAUCUGCUUCAAAAGUACAUCCUGCUGACCCAAACCAGAAAGGCUAAUGCUUCAAGAUACUCAUGGCAGAUUCAUCCAGUGAUUCAGACAACUUUCUUACGGGUCGAGUGGGAAGGCGGCCUUUGAGAGCAUCCCACAAUACAGCUCAGAACUAUGGUGCUGAAGAAGUUACAGAGAAGAUCCAUACUUUAGCAAGCACUUUGCAGGAUACCAACAGAAAUCUAAGACAUGUUGACCAUUUGCUAGGACAAUACAGAGAAUACAACAAGGAACAAACCAAAGCAAUAACAACUUUAAAAGAAACACUGGAGCAAUCUAUUGAUCAAUUAAGGAGCCAGCGGCUAACACGAAACUCUGGAAUGAGAAGUGCAUCUCUCUCAAGUUUAUAUCCCAGUGACCUGGAUGUAGAAGGAACAUCAGGCAACCGCCACUUCCUGCCCACUUCCCCUCUCAGGGAUUAUGGAGAUUCACAGGGCAAUAAACAUCGAAGGUCUAGAUCUGCAAGUGUUCGAUUUGUCAAUGAGACAGAUAAUGUGGACCAGCUGCAUUCUUUCCACCAGUCUCUUCGAGAUCUCAGCAGUGAACAAGUUCGUCUGGGAGAUGAUAUCAGUCGUGAGCUUUCAAGAAGAAAUCGGACUGAUGCUGAAUUAAGAAAGACUUUAGAAGAAUUGUCUGAAAAGCUCACUGAGUCCCAAAGACAAGAAACGGUAUCAGAACGAGUAGAGAGAAGACUUCAGGAGAUAGAAGAAGAAAUGCGUGCUGAAAGACAGCUUGUAGAAAGGCGCCAGGACCAGCUGGGACACGUGUCUCUUCAAUUACAGGAGGUUUUAAGGAAGCAAGAUGCUAAAGCAGAUGAAACAGAAGAAUUCAUGAGAAACAAACUUGUGAAAUAUGAAAGUGAAAAGCAUCAGCUUGAGCAGGAAUUAGAGCAGUCCCGGAAAAAGUUGAGUGAAUCUGAAGGCAGUAGAGAAGCUCUUUUGCAUCAGAUGGAGGAUCUUCGUUCCCAGCUUUUGAGAGCCGAAGAAGACCGUGUAGAAUUGCAACAUCAAAUUUCAUAUGCUGCUAUGCAUCGCCAGAGCUACCAGGAUGUACAAGAUGAUGACAGGAGAAUUAGAGGAGUAACUGAAAGAUAUGAGAGAGAGAAGCAAGAUCUAGAGAAACAUAUUUUGGAACUUAAAGCAAAGUUGAGUCAUAAUGCUGUAAUGUCAGAGGUAGAAGAACUGAAGAGAUGUAUAGAGCGUAAGGACAAGGAGAAAGCACAGCUCGUAAUGCACAUACAGGGGUUAACAUCUGACCUGGAAAACAGGGAGAAGCAGCAGGAAAAAAUGCUGGACCAGCUAAAGGAGAUACAGAAUUGCUACAAGGCUUGUGAGAAUGGACGUAGACAAAGUGAACUCCAGUCUGCUGAGUUAGCUCAACAGGUUGAAGAGAGUACCAAGGAAGCAGAACGGUAUCUCACUGAAUUCAAGCAUUCAGAGGCACUCAGGCUGGAGAUUGAGAAAAAAAGAGAAGAUUUGAAAGUGAGAGCCCAGGAAACCAUCCGCCAAUGGAAAUUGAAGUGUAAGAAACUGAAUCGUGAGAUAGAAAAACAAAAUCAAACUAUCAGUGAGCUGAUGGACAAGAAUAGUCAGGCCCUCAAAGACAAAGAUGAUCUCAAAAGUCAGCUUCUCUCAGCUAUAAACCAAAUAGAAAACCUGCGGAAAGAGCUGGAUGAUGUGCUUACAAAGAGAGCCCAGCAGGAAGAACUCCUCCACUGUAAAGAGGUAAAACUGAAUGAAAUGCAGUCACACCAGGUAUCUCUUGAAGAAGAGAUCAAAGAAGUUCAAGGUACUGUAAAGAAAUUGGAGAAUGAAUUGAAAAAACAAGUCUUUCUACAAAAUCAAAUGCAAGCUGAGAAGGAACACUUGAAGACAGAGCUUGCAACUAUUAACUCGUUUCAUAAAAAAGACCAAGAACAACUCCUAGAAAUGCAAGCAGAUGUAAAAAAUUUGAGCGCUGUACGCGUGGAACUAACAAACAGAAUAGCAGAAGAGGAGAAAGCCAAAAAGGAAUUACUUAAGAGCCUCUCAGACCUCCAGAAACAGCAGGAAUCUAAUCAUGAAGAGAUGAUUUCAGCUAACAGGCAGCUGAAGAUGGAAAGAGAAAUUCACCAACAGGAGUUGGCAGAUCUUAGAUCAGAGCUACAAAAUGUGAAAAUCAAACAUGAACAAAAUGUUCAAGAGCUCAGGAAACUCCUUAAACAAGAAAAAGAUGAUGCAGAGGCUCAGAUAAGAAUGCUAAAGAUGGAGCUUUUAGAAGAGAAAAACAUAAUCAAGAAUCAGUGUCGACAACUGGAAAAAAUCAAAGUUGAGUAUGAUAAAUUGACAGAAGAAUUAACCCAAAAUGAGGAAGAAAAUAUAAAACUGAAACGGAAAUGUGAGUUUCUAAAACAAGAACUGGAGAAAAAGGAAAAGCAGAUCAGCAAUGAAGAUCAUUUGAGAAAGAUGAGUGAGGCCAGACUGCAGUUUAAAGAUCAGCUGCGUCACUUAGAAAUGGAACAGCAAUCCAUUCUCUCCAUGAUAGGAAGUGAAAUUGAUGCUGCUUGUGAGAUCUUUUCUCGGGAGUCCAUGGAGAAAUUCAAAGCAAUAUCCCUUACACCAACAGUACUGAAUGAUCCUCAUCGCUGGUUAGCAGAAGCAAAGACUAAGCUUCAGUGGCUGUGUGAAGAGGUAAAGGAAAGAGAAAGUAAGGAAAAAAAGCUGCGAUGCUACUUGCUGCAAAGCCGAGAACAACUCAAGCACUUUACACAGAUAAAGGAGACUGAACAUCAGUCUCUCUUUAAACAGAUAAAAACCCAAGAAAAACUUUUAGAAGAAGUUCACCGAGAAAAAAGAGAGCUACUAGAGAAGACACACAGAAGAGAGGAAGAAAUGGGAGCUCUCCAGGAACGUAUUAUGGCCUUAGAAAUGAGUACCCGAGUAGCUUUAAACCACCUGGAGUCUGUGCCUGAGAAACUGAGCCUGUUAGAAGAUCGCAAAGAUACUGGAGAGUCCCAUUUCCGAAUGGAGAUGAUCGAGGAGAGGUAUAUGAAGUAUAAAGACAUAGUGAGUUCUUUGCAGCAACAGCUGAAAGAUUCAAAGCAAAGAGUCAGGCAAGUCAAGGAUGUGAAAAGGGAUGCUGAAAUUUCUGAUAUAGAAGUGGCUGCUCACUCUUCCAGUUGGCGAACUCAAAACAGCUUUUUGUGCAGCUCACCGCUUUCAAGUUCAGGUUCACUUAUGAAAGGGAUGGUUCCUUUGGAUGCAAGUGCCACCAAGGAAGAUUCUCCUAAUGUUGCUGUUAGUGAAAUGAAGCUGCAAGCAGAAGGAGGAAGGAAGUAGAAUAUUUUACAAAGCCACACCAGUUUUCUCUGUGGUAAAUUCCAUUCUACUUUUUUUUUGGUUUUUUGAACAGUGGUAAUUCCAUCUGCUGUAGGAGUGAUGCACCCUUAAUGAUUCAACAAUUGCCAAACACCUAAAUGAAAGAGCACCAAGAGUGGUUCUGAUGAACUCUUGUGAUAAUUUAGGUGACUUGUACACCAAAGGCUUUCUGGGAUUUUGCUAUUCCUUUGUAUUUGUUUCUGCAGUCGUCCUAGACUAAAUUGAUUGUAUUCCUGAAAUACUGUGAAGUGAAAUACCUGUGAUCUCUUUGCUAUGAGUUUAUUUACCCCUAUACAGGAAUUGUUCUGACACUUGUAUUUUUAUUAUGCUUAAUAACAUUAUUAAUAAUGGAAGAUUAUUCAGAAAUUGCCUAUUAUUAUGAGAGAGAGUCAUUAUACAGUAUUGUGCAGACACAUUUGUGAUUUUAGGUCCUUCAGUUUGAAAAAAAUCAUUUAAAGAAGAAGGAAAAGAAAAAUUUUUAAAGCGAAUGAAAAUUUACAUCUUGGUUUGAGGUUCAGCAUAUAUUAUAAGUUGUCUAGAGUUAUUCUUUUGGCCAGAACAGUUUUAUCAGAUAGCCUUGGUUAGGCACUUUAAAGAAUCUGAAUCUCACCCAUAUGUAUCAAGAAUGUUGGAAGGCACUUCUCUGUGGCUGUGAUAAUUUUAAAAGCAGUGUUUAAUGUUCAUUUAUUUAUUCUGUUUUGUCCUGCGUUAGAAAAGAUGUGUCAUAUUGAUUGUAAAGUACUGUGUAAAUACAGUGUUGCACCCUUGUAUUUGUUCAGAUAUCACUAUUCUAUAUAAAUUGGACAUAAUUUUGCAUUACAGUGGUCUCAAAGAGUAAAUCACAGAAGAAUUUUCUUCUGUUUAAGGAAAUGCAAGAGUUUCUGAUGGUUCUUGUUUUAUUCUCUCAGCUACUUCUAGCUGGAUCACUAAUAUAGGGCCUUAAAAGAUUUGCCAAAGCUAUAAAGAGUACUGUAGCAACACCAUUCAAAGAAUUUCAGUUUUCAGUCUUUUGUCAUAUUCAGGAAGCUUGUUUCUUCUCUGAAACGCUGUCAUUUUUUAGCACUGUAGGUGUCUCAGGUAUAAUUCACAGGCCAUGAUGGACCAUCUCAAAAAGGACUUUUUUUUUUUUUUUAUAAUACUCUGAUGAAGCAUUCUGUAGUCUCAGUGGGUGCUCUGGACAGUGCACUUCCUUGACAAGCACCUUGUGUUCAACCUGUCUCAAACAGAACAACAUGCUGACAACAUCAAAAUCAGACACAGAAAUGAGAAGAAUACUGACUUUAUUCUCUGUUCAUUUUCCAUGAACUUAAAUUGCUUAAAAUUAAAAAAAAAAUUGAUUUGGUUAAAAAGUUUUCUUUAUCUUUUGUUGUGUAUUAUGAUGUGCAUGGUAGUGCUGGCAUUGGCUUUUUGCAGACUUCUGGCCCAUCUGCUCAUUCAGAGGGUCAAGAAAACAAAACACACACAUCCAUCUGUUCUGAUCUCAAAGGCCAUGACAGGGACAGGAAAAACAUCAACAAAUAAACUUCUACUCUCUACAAAGAGUGGGGAUGUCAUGAAAUGGAGUUUAGCUAAGCUGUAGCUACUAUAAACUAAACUUAAGUGGAUCCAACAUUUAUAAUUUAUUUUUUUUAUUAGAUCAGAGCAGAGGUGGAAAUAUGGAAGUUAAAAUAUUUUAAAUGGUUUAGUCUGCUGAAACUUAAAAAAUUGAAAAAUGAAAUGUCACCAGCUUGCAGACUUUAUGGUACCUACAGAUUUUGGCCAAAACAUAGAAACAUCACUUUGAAAUAUAUUAUGAAGUGGUAAAUCAUGCUCUCAAAACACCUCAGGUGGUAACAAGGUCUGGUGCAUGGAUUGCUGAUGGAUACCCUAACUGUUUUACCAAAGUUUAAAUGGUUUUUUUUGACAUGAAAAUGCCUGUCAGUAAAUAAAUGGGGCUUUAGGUGUCUUAGCUGAGAAGUAAUACCAGAAAUAAAAUUUCCUUUUUUUUCUAAGGAAUUUGUAAAAAUCUUACCAUUUUAGGUAUUUAUACAUUUUUUCCUGACUUGUAACUUAGAAAUCUGAAGUAUGUAUUCUUUAAACAGGAUUACUACUGCUUUAUAUUGCUAGAAAACUAAGCAUAAGCAGUCUGAUCUUGCUCACUAUUGCAUUGAGCAUUGAAUGGAAUUAUCUACUGUACAGGACAGAAAUUACUACUGCGUGAAUAAUUUUGGCUUUAAAACUUAAAGUAUGUUCAGUGCUUCCGGCUCAUGCCUUUGCCCAUGUAAAUGUGUUUUCAUCAGUUCUGUAUCCUUUCAUAAAAUUUAUAAAAUUUUAUAAAUUUAUUUAUAAUUUAUAAAAUUUUCUAGAAGAAAAACACACAUCUCUUGUGUGGAAGAACACAAGAGUUGUCAAACUACACGCCAAAAAAAAUUUUAAAAAAAUUAAAAAAAAAAAAAUAAAAAAUUACUGAGUAGAGUUAUGGACUCCAAAACCAGGAAAUUCUUUCUUAAAUUUACCCUCUUGGCAUGGCAGUCUAGAUAGCAUGUAAUAUUUGUCUCUCUUCCACCUUUGAUAGAGGUUCAUAUUACAAAGUGAAUUUUGUUUCCUCUUUACUGAGGGCUAAAGUUCCAUUCAUGACAUUAUGUGAAACUGUCCCUUUGUGGUUUAAGAAAUAAUAUUUUUUCCAUAUUGGUCUGAAAUAAUACUCUUCUGCACAGUUUCAGUUUUUAAAGUAGAAAAGCAGAUUCUUUUUAAAUAAAAACAUUUUGUAUAUUUCACAUCUUAAAAAUUGCUCUUACUUUUGGUAGCCAAAUUUUUUAUACUUUAACCAUUUAAUAACCUCUUACUCAGUUCUUGCCCAAAGCAGUGGUUUUCAAUAGUCAUAAAUGUGGUAUCACACACACAAAAAAUGAUGGUUUAAACCUUUGUUCUGUUUAGCGUUUGGUAAAUCAGGAAAUUUUUUAUGUAUGUACUAACUACAUACAGUCUUUAUAAGCUAGUAUUAGGCAUUUGUAUUUUUAAUGCUGUCUGGAAAUACAGUGCUUAAAUAUUGUGCUUUCAAAAAUGCAUUGACCCUUGAUUUUAGCAUCAAAUAAUUGUCACAUGAACAAGCUAUAAAUUUUAUACCCUUCAGUUCUUAAUUUUAUACAGCAGACUUGAGAGUACUUAAUUACUUUUGAGAUUAUAUUUACUAAAUAGACAAAAUAAUUUAUUUUUAUUGUGUAAUUAUGUCAUCCUAAGAAGAAACGUCAAAAAUAAAAAAUAAAAUUUUACAGUGCAAAACAAAGCAAUUUUCUUACAUUUACUUCUCAAAUUUUUGAUGGAAGCCAGUCCUCAGUGAUGGUGAAAGUAUUCCUUGGAUAUUCAAAGCUCAGCCAUAUUUUUACAAACUAUUACAGCAAGGUAAAUAAAGAAAAUACAUGAAAAACCUAUACAACAAAGAAACUACUAUUCUAAAAUCAAUUUCUGAGCUAAGGAAUCUACAUAUCAGUUAUCUCUGGCUUGCAAGGCAUAGUCUCUGCACUGGGUAGCACUGAAUGAAUGAGUGAAAUGAAAAUGCCAGUAUUCCUUUGAAAGGAAAUCACUAGGUAUUUUUGUAACACUGAUAAAAUUUUUAUGGCUAAAAAUGAGAAGUCUGCAGCCUGCAUGCAUUCUCAUAUCUAUUACAUGCUGAAAUUUUUUCAUAAAUUUUUAUGGCACUGUUUGUUACAGUCAAAUUUUACAGUAUGUAUGUUAAACUCUUCUUGUUUACAGUGUGUUAGUAACAAAUUUAUCUCUCUCUAAGCCCUUGUUACCCCACAGAAGUAAUUGAUACUUAAGUUCUUGUGAGCUGCAGGUCAAUAUCUGACAAUACAGCCUUGUCAAAAAUGGAUGAGCAGUAGGACAUCACUCAGAGUCCUGUGAUUUUGAUGUAAUUGUAGAAUUUAGAAGCAGUUGUAGAGGAAAACUAGCAGUAGAAGAGAUGGAAAAUAAUUCAUUAUUAAAUUUAAAUUUCAGAACACUUUUAUUCUUGAUGCCUUAGCUUAAAAACUGCCUUAUAGCUAGUAUUUACAUCUGAAUAAAAGUGAUCCCAAAAUAAAAUUCCAUCUUGGAUAAUUUAUUUUUUCAUGCUUAACUACUUUGUACUCUAGCACAACUCAACUUUUUACUUGUAAGCAUGUUUAAACUGCUGUGAAUAUGAACUUACUUGCUUUUCUAUGUAAAUAACUAAAUUAGAUUUUAAAUCUGAAGAAUAUUUUAGUGCUCUAUACAAGAGUACAACACAGCAAAAUCCAAUAACCAAGUCAUUCAAAAAUCUGCAAUGCUUCUGGGAAUGUUGACAGCAAAAAUGAAGGAGAUUGCUGUGGUUAAAAUCCAGCAACAUCCAACAUUUAUCAUUUGUGCUAACAAUAUUAGCUCUCCUGUUUCUAAAGCUGAAGUUGCACAUCUGUCAUUUCUCUGGCUGAAACAAUGAGAUGUUUUUUCUCUCCCCCUAAUAAUGACAAAAUCUGUGAGUGUGAGAAUAUGCUGUGAUAAUAUUUUAAAAUUUCUGGUCAUUUUAUUUAGGAAUCUACCAUGUGCCAUUUGGAACUAAAUAUUUUUUGGAACAUGAUUGUUAACAUGUUUUUGUUAAAUUAUUACAGUUAAAAACAAGAACUGCAUAGAGUUAUCUCUUUUAGGAUAAUUUUGCUUUCUUUUUUCUAGGGAUGUGGAUCCUUGAUAGCUGUUUUGUUUAAGCACAAGUUGUUUUUGGUAGUCUGUUCAAUUUUCAUUUCUCUUCAGACCAGAGUUGUUUCAAUCUUAGACUGCUUUUCUCAUCUACCAUGUACAGUGCACUAGUGUGUCAGAAGACAUACCAUCAUUUCUUCACUUAGCCUCCAUCAAUAAUUUUGGUAGUUUAUGUUCCCAUGGAAUUACAUUAGUGUUGAUGGUGGUUGUUUCUUAUAAGCUCUUUUCAUAUGAACUCUGACACUCUUUUUUGUUUACUAAAAUAAAAGCUACUUAUUAAAUGGGCUAACAUCAGGUCACACGCUGUCUCAUUUUAAAGAGGCCAAAGUAAACAUCUCUUACUACAUUUAUCUAGAUUUUCUGAUUGCCAGCAUUGAUUAUGCUAUCAGUUUGUAGAAGGAAAUGGUAAAGGAUAGACUUUGCUGCAAAAUCCCUGAAAUAUUACUGAUGCAAGGCGAAAAAUGAGACUACAACAAAUUGAGGACAUCUGUCUAAGUGCUUAGUCUAGAACCUAAAAUACUCAUACUACAAAGGGUAUUUCUUCAGUGUGUUAAUAUAAAAUCAUCUUCCUUAUAAACAGUUGCUGACACCUAAAAUAUUUUUGGAAAGUGACACUAAAAUUUGCUAAAGAUGAUCAAAAGGAUUUCUGUGUCACUCGCACUGUUAAACAAACAUGGAACUGGGAAACGGCCCAAUUUAUGUUUCUGGCAUGAGGCUCUUCACAGAAACCAGCAGAUACAGUUUUGUACUUAGUGUGGAAAAUGAUGAAGAUAAGCUGUGUUUUGCUGCUGGCCAAGAGAAGAGUUUGCCUCUGUGGCUGUUUGGUGUAUGGAGCUCGGUGCGUGCACCAUUUUUAUUGAGGCUUUCACUGCUGGGUGCAGCACUGACAGCACUAUUUCACUCAAACAGCUGCAGCCAUGAAGACAUCAUGGAGCUGGCAGAACUUUUGUUACAUGUUUUGACUAACAGAAUGUCAACAAGUACCUUGGAGUUGUUUGUUUUGCCUUCACUGGAGCAGUCUCCAGUGCAGUCACAAAGCCAGAAAAUGCAGAAACAUUUGUUCAGUGUGAGCAACAUCAGUGGGGAGGCUCGCUAGCCAUGGAACAUGAAUCCAUUAGUAUGUUGUCCAUUGACCAAUUAGAGGUCUAUAAAUUAACAAAAAAAUAAUCUACAGAGUUUUCAAAAGUGAGACAAAUUAUUCUUAUUUGAUAGUAAAAAAAUCUCUGUGAAUAUGGAAAAAUGAAGUAUCGAAGUCAAGAAACGCUUCAUUUUUCCAGAAUGUAAUUUCUUAAAUCUCAGUAGAAUGACAGACUAAAAUGAAGCUCCUGAAUACAUUAAUCAACAGACAUCAAUCCCACUUAAAGUGAGGCUUGCUCACUUUGAUUUAGACUUCGCUAUGUUCAAUACUUAGGGAAAGUCCGUUAUGUCUGCUGUGCACUGGGAUAGCAACGUUGAAAUAAUUCCACUGGAGGCAGCUGAUAGGCUACAGAAGGAAUACUGGCUCUUGCAGUGUAUUUUAACAAGUAGCUCAAAUGUUCAAAUUUCUGCUGUGUUAUUACAUUACCAGAAGAAAGUAACAAAUAGAAAAAUACUUAGAUUGUAUGUGAGGGUGUCAAUACAAUAACAGUGUAUUACUGAGGCUUUGAAGGUGUAUCAUAUUUAAGGCUGACAUUUCUAUAUGUGCUUAUUAGCAAAUGCUGAUAUUCUAUUUUUUUCCCCCUUGGAGCAUAUGAGAAGAAAAUAUGUUAUUCGCUUUUGAUUUCUGGAAUGUGUUUCACCAUUUCAUGCUGGCAGUUGCUAUUUAAUUUGGGGUUAGCUAAAAAAACAACCAUCUAAUUCUGAUACUUCAUUACAAGCACUACUAAUUAAGUUUGUUGAUACAUGAGUCACUUUCCUCCAGAUCUUUUGUUUUCAUUUCAUUUGAAUGAAAUACAGUGUUUUUUUCCAGUUAGUGUCCUAAAACUGGAACAAAAUUAUUCUUGUGAACCAGCAUUUUGGUCAGAACAUUCCAAAACUAAGAUUGCCCAGGUACUUUAUACAUAUGACACUGAAUAUAUUACAUCAUAUUUCCCAGUCAACUAUUGUCACUGCAGUGUAAUAACAACAACAACAACAACAAAGAAUCUGCAGAACUUCAGAAAAUAAUAUGGACGUCAAGUGUUUCUGUGAUGGUGUGAAGUCAGAAAGGGCUGUUUAAUACUUCUAAACCAUAUUGCAUUGGUUAAUGUGAUAGAAAUAGGCACAGUGGAAUGAAGUUCCUCAAUAUUGUAUUUCUUGAGAUAAAAUCCUUGAAUGUUUAGCAAGGAGUCCAACUCUUUGUACAUGUUGAAGUUCACCUUACUGUAGUAACCAGACCUAUUGCAGUUUCCUUCAGACUUGAUUUCUGAAAUGUAAAGGUGUGUUCAAAACUUCUAAUAGCUGUGUAGGUAUUGGGUAUAUCCUGCCCACAUAAUUAUGUCUCUUUCUUAUGGACAUUGACAUAUAUAAACAUAUUCAUACAGUGUAAAAUUUUACUGCUCAAAAAGAAAGAUUUCCCUUUAUGCUUGGAAAUCCUGACUGCAGUAAAGGUAGCAGAGGCCUUAUCUGUAGUAUCAGUGGAGUUAAAAUUUUGUGCUGAGUUUUAGAAAAUGGGAGAGAACUAUUUUAUUUGUCUAUUUUUUCAUUGCAUUCCGCAGGUCUGCAAGUCUGCAAUAUGUGUUGGUGUGAUGAACAAGAAAUGCUUGCUGAAAAAUACAUGAUCUUAUAAAAAUCAUAUGGUAGCAAACUCCAAAACACUUGGGAUAAUCUGACACGAUCUCAUUUUUAAAUGUUUUCAGAAUUUGAGAAAUGAGAUUUCAAGUUCAUUUAGGUUCCUUUUUUUUUUCCAAGAAAAGUAAAUCAAAAUUAGUUAUAUAAUGAAAACCAUAGUACUUCUAAAUAACAUCAAUCCAAGCUUAAGGAAUUUGAAAAAUUCUGAGUUGCAGCUCUUUGUUCUACUUUAAAGUGGUGUACUACACCUUUUUCAAAAUAAUGAACUCAUCUCCAAGGAGAGAUGGUUCAUCUGUUAUAUGUAUCAAUUGUAUUUCACACUCAUGACUAAAUGUUUUGUUUCAUAUCAGUUUUUCAACUGAUCUAGUAAUUCAAUGAGUACUCCAAUGGGGACUUUUAUGUGUGUAGGGAGAAGCUAAUUGUAUCUUACAUUUCAAUUCCAGCACUAUUGGUAUUCUUUUUUAACAAAACAUUCUCAGAAUAAAACCAGUUUUUACUUUUUUGUCUAUGAUAUUUUUAUUCCAAGAUAGCUUCACAAGGUAUUUGCAUUCUACUUCUUCCAUUAUCUGCCAUCUUCAAGGAGGAAAAAAUCUAACUUGACUAUCUUGAGAAGUAAGUAAUGAAUUUAUAAAAUCUAGAGUCAUAAAAUUAUUUAGAUUGGAAAAGACCCUUUAGAUCAAGUUCAGCCAAACUACUGCUUCACGAUUACUUCCUGUAAAUGUCAUGGAUGCACAUAAAACUAAGUCUACAGGUUGGGUUUUCAGAACACCACAUGCAGGUUUAGGAACCAUGCAUUGUAGAAAUUUAAAAGGAGGAGCUGUUACCAUGUUGGUUUGAUGCACAAGUCCUUACUAACUUGUGAAGUUUGAGGUACUUGGUUAGAUGCAAGGUGUGACUCAUGUCAAACCAGAACACCAAUUUUAUUGUUAAAUUGCUGCUCUAACUUCAAAACGCUUGUUCCUGAUUUAUACUAAUAUGAAGCCAGAAUGAAAUCUCAUGUAUAAAGCCUAAGUACCAAUCAAAGUACUGAGUGCUGAGAUCUUGUCAGGUGAUUGCAGUAUGAAGUAUAUGAAAGCUGUCUUUUGUGCUCUGAGUAUGUUGCUGCAAGCUGAAAGCUUGGCACAGUCUGCAGGUAUGUUUAAGUUUGGUUAACGCUCUACUAGGAAAGUUCACAUGUUAAUUUAACAUCAACAUUUGUACCUACUUUCUGCAAUUAGACUAUAAAAUGUUAGCCAAUGAGGCAGUAACAAAAAUAUCAAACUACAUUACCCUUUUGCUGACUUGGGACUUACUCCAAGCAAUUCCUGAAGGCAAGGUUGCAAGGCUUCAUUGCAUCUCAGGAGAUAGUUGGUACCUUUGCAGGAUCAAAGUUGCUAGCUGUACUUGUGUUUUAAAGUAUAACAUAAAAACUUGUCAUUUUUGUAAGCUAACAUAAUAAAUUAUUUUUCCAAGCAA